AUGAAUCAACCGAAGGACGCAAUUAUUCGCAUAGAUGUGCCGGGCACAACAAAACACACUGAGAGAAUAGAACAAGCAGACAUCAACAUACUAUGCCUUGACUUAAAACCAUUCAGCUUCAUAGUGCAAUUCAUGUUCUGUCUACUCUUCGUAUUCAUAUUUUACUUAGCAUAUGGAUAUUUCCUCGAAUUGUUAUUUGCAAAUUCAGAAGUCAGCUUCUACAUAACUCUAGUUCAAUUUUUAAUAACGACUGCAUUGAGUUAUGUUGAAUCGUUGAUAAGGAGUCGUAUAAAACGGAAGGUACCACUGAAAACCUAUGCACUACUAGCAGGAUUGACCCUCGGUACCAUGGCAUUUUCAAACCUUGCCCUGAGCUAUCUAAACUACCCGACGCAGCUGAUCUUCAAGAGCUGCAAACUAAUACCUGUGAUGAUUGGCAGUAUUAUUAUAAUGGGCAAACGGUACGGGUUUCUGGAUUAUGUGUCUGCUGUGGUCAUGUGUAUUGGCCUGACUAUGUUCACUUUGGCGGACUCCCAAACAUCGCCAAAGUUCAACUUUGUAGGUGUAAUAGUGAUAUCACUAGCGUUACUAUGCGACGCUAUCAUCGGGAACGUACAAGAGAAGGCGAUGAAACAACAUCACGCAUCUAACAACGAAGUAGUAUUCUAUUCUUACGCUAUCGGCUCCAUAUAUUUGCUGUUCAUUACUGUGCCUACUGGGAUAAUGUCGGCUGGUAUUGAGUAUUGUGCACAGAAUCCACUAACAAUGUACUUGAAUAUAUUCUUCCUGAGUUUGACUGGGUAUUUGGGCUUGCAAGCAGUAUUAACACUGGUCCGUAUCUGUGGCGCCACCAUCGCUGUGACGGUGACCACCUUCAGGAAGGUGCUCUCCAUCAUCAUAUCCUUCUUGGUGUUCAGCAAGCCUUUUGUGUUCCAGUAUGUAUGGUCCGGUAUGCUGGUAAUACUAGCAAUAUACCUAAACCAUUAUAGUAAGAAAAAUCCGAACUAUGUUCCCAGUAUCGUGGUGAGAUGCUGGCAGUAUAUGAAUGGUCUUUACCAGUCCGAGUACCGGUAUCUAAGAAUUAAGAGCAAAAUGUACGCUGAUACAGUUUAA